GAGGACCACGACCGCAUGUACGUGGGCAGCAAGGACUACAUCCUGUCUCUGGAUCUGCAUGACAUCAACAAGGAGCCGCUCAUAAUCCACUGGCCCGUGCCCCCUCAGAGGAAAACCGAGUGUGUGCUGUCAGGGAAAGACACAAACGGGGAAUGUGGAAACUUCAUUCGUCUCAUCGAGCCGUGGAACCGGACCCACCUGUACGUGUGUGGGACGGGGGCGUACAACCCUGUCUGCACAUAUGUGGACCGAGGACGCAGGUCACAGGGCUCCCUCCACCCGCAGGCACCCCAGUCUGGAGGGAGAUCAAGUCGCGCGGCAGACUACAGCACCACGGCAGGGCCUGUGGAGGCAAAGGAAUACAUUUUCCGCCUGGAGCCCGGCAAAGUGGAUUCCGGAAAAGGCAAAUGUCCCUACGACCCCAAAUUCAACAGCGUCUCGGCCCUGAUCAACGGAGAGCUGUAUGCAGGAGUCUACAUUGAUUUCAUGGGGACGGACUCGGCUAUAUUCCGCACGCUGGGGAAGCAAACAGCCAUGAGGACGGACCAGUACAACUCCAGAUGGUUGAAUGACCCAACGUUCAUCCACGCGCAUCUCAUCCCAGACAGCGCCGAGAAGAACGACGACAAGCUCUACUUCUUCUUCCGGGAGAAGGCUUCGGAGAUGGGCCAGAGUCCUAUGGCCCAGUCCAGAAUAGGCCGUAUCUGCCUGAACGAUGACGGUGGACACUGCUGUCUGGUCAACAAGUGGAGCACCUUCCUGAAGGCCCGCCUCAUCUGCUCGGUGCCUGGGGCAGACGGCAUCGAGACGCACUUCGAUGAGCUCCGGGAUGUGUACAUUCAGCCAACUCAAGACACGAAGAAUCCGGUCAUCUACGGCGUGUUCUCCGUCUCAGGAUCCGUGUUUAAAGGUUCGGCGGUGUGCGUCUACUCCAUGGCCGACAUCCGUAUGGUCUUCAAUGGGCCCUUCGCCCACAAGGAAGGUCCCAACUACCAGUGGGUGGCCUACACUGGGAAGAUCCCCUACCCCCGCCCUGGGACUUGUCCCGGAGGAACUUUCACCCCCAACAUGAAGUCCACAAAGGAUUACCCAGAUGAGGUCAUCAACUUCAUGCGAAACCACCCCACCAUGUACAACGCCGUGUACCCGGUGCACAAGCGCCCCCUAGUGGUGAGAACCAACGUGGACUAUGAGUUCACAACCAUCACCGUGGACCAAGUAGCAGCUGCAGAUGGGAGCUACGAGGUGCUCUUCCUUGGCACAGAUAGGGGGACUGUGCAAAAGGUGAUAGUCCUGCCUAGAGAUGACUUGCAGACUGAGGAGCUGGUCCUAGAGGAGGUGGAGGUCUUCAGGAUCCCCACCCCUAUUACCACCAUGAAGAUUUCAUCCAAACGGCAACAACUGUACGUAGGGUCCGUGUUGGGUGUGACUCACCUGGCUCUGCACCGCUGUGACGUGUAUGGCGAGGCCUGUGCAGACUGCUGCCUGGCCAGAGACCCUUACUGCGCCUGGGACGGCAAGUCCUGCUCCAGAUACUCUGCCUCCCAGAAGAGGCGCAGCCGUCGGCAGGAUGUAAAAUACGGCAACCCAAUACGGCAGUGUCGAGGUUAUAACUCCAACACUAAUAAGAACACCCUGGAGACGGUGCAGUAUGGGGUGGAGGGCAGCACUACCUUCUUAGAGUGCCAGGCCAGGUCUCCUCAUGUGUCCCUCAAGUGGCACCUGCAGAGGGAGAACAGCGACCGGAGGAAAGAGAUACGCUCAGAGGGCCGGAUCCUGAAGACAGAGCAGGGUCUCCUCAUCCGCUCCCUACAGACAUCCGACAGCGGCAUCUACCAGUGCACGUCUACCGAGAAGAACUUCAAACACAUGCUGGUCAAACUGCAGCUGGUGGUCCUGUCCAGCCGCACCGUCAACAACGUGUUGGUGGAGACGGGCAGCCCGGCCCUCCUUCCGCUCCAGUCCAGCGCCUGGACCCCCAGUGCCGGCCAGUACAAGGACCUGCUGACCAUCCUCAGCCAGCCAGAGAUGGGCCUCAUCAACCAGUACUGCCAGGACUACUGGCAGCUCGGGGACACCAGCCCGGGGGACACCAUACUGGGGCCCAACAAGGCCAAAGGCCUGAAGGAGCUGAAGGAACAAAAGAAGCCCCGCAAUCGUCGGCAUCACGAAGAGCAAACGACCCCGGCCGAGACAUGA